AUGAAGUUCCUUACGCUCGUCAUCGCCCUCACAGCGCCCCUGGCCGCACACGCCUGGACGGGACACGUCUACAGCACGCAGGCUGAAUGCAUCGGUGGCUGCCCAGCCAAGUGUCAGUCGGGGGGUGGCGCUUACGAUGGUUGCUCCGGCGGAGGCGGCGCCACUGCACAAGAUUUUGUCUACUGCAACUGCAAGUAG